AAAAUAUACCCUCCUCCCCAAAACCAAGGUUCCCUAAAAUGCAGGCCUGCCAAGAUAUCAAGGAGCGCGAGUCCACUGCAAAACAUUGACUCAUUUUUCAACACAAAAGGACAUGAAAACCUAGCUCCGAUGGACUUCAUUUCCGCACCAUCAUUUUCUCCCGCGAUUUCAUUUCCGCCUCCCCGUCUUUUCAAACCGCCACCACUCACAUCACUCCUCUUCCACCGCCCCCCGCCGUCUCUCCGCCUCCGCAACUCAUCGCUCUCACACUCACAUUCACACACAACUCUUCUCUUCAAUAACCACGGCGGCGGCGGUUUUUUCGGCGGUGGCGGAGAUGACGGCGGCUCUAAUCCCGAUAACCACGGUGAUUCGGAUGAAAACUCUCCUAACCACAAUUAUUCUAUAUUUUUCAUCUGUUCGUCUAUUCAAUUAGCUUCUGCUUAUGCUGCACAAGCAGCUGAUAAUAAUGAUGAUCAAGAGGAUGAUGAAUUUAUGUUGUAUCAAGUCAAGGGAGGAAAUAGAGUUAGGCUAAUACCUGAUUAUUUCAAAGAUGUGUUUCUUAUUCCUGCUACCAAAUUUACCACGUCGGUGUCGUUAGGGAAUGUGUGGUUGCAAUGUCGCUCUUUGUUUAUGCGAUUAAUGCUGCCUGAAGGCUUUCCUGUUAGUGUCACUAGUGACUAUUUGGACUACUCUCUUUGGAGAAGUGUUCAAGGUGUGGCUGCUCAAGUCAGCAGUGUCCUUGCUACUCAGGCUUUGCUUUACGCUGUUGGAUUGGGUAAAGGGGCUAUUCCAACUGCUGCGGCUGUCAAUUGGGUGCUGAAGGAUGGAAUUGGGUAUCUCAGUAAAAUAUUUUUGUCAAAGUUCGGUCGUCAUUUUGAUGUGAAUCCGAAGGGCUGGAGGUUGUUUGCUGACCUGCUAGAAAAUGCUGCGUAUGGAUUAGAGAUUCUUACUCCAGCAUUUCCCCAUUUGUUUGUUCCUAUUGGUGCUGCUGCUGGAGCUGGAAGAUCUGCAGCUGCUCUGAUCCAGGCUGCUACAAGAAGCUGUUUCUAUGCAGGCUUUGCUGCUCAGAGGAAUUUUGCAGAGGUAAUAGCAAAGGGCGAAGCUCAGGGUAUGGUCAGCAAAUUUGUUGGCAUAAUGCUUGGCAUAGCAAUUGCUAACUGCAUACAGUCUUCGACCAGUCUUUCUCUUGCAUCUUUCGGUGUUAUAACCUGGAUCCACAUGUUCUGUAAUCUAAAGUCAUAUCAGUCCAUCCAACUUAGAACUCUGAAUCCAUAUCGAGCAAACUUGGUCUUUGGUGAAUAUCUGCUCAGUGGUUUAGUACCUUCAGUAAAAGAAGUCAAUGCUGAAGAACCAUUUUUUCCUGCUGUUCCAGUUCUUAAUGUCAAAUCUGAAUAUAAGGCACAACCAACAGUACUAUCAGCUGAAGCUAAGCUUGCAGCUGCUGAUAUUGAACGCCGAUUGCAUCUAGGUUCUAAAUUAUCUGGUUUGGUGAGAAAUAAGGAGGACGCACUUGCACUGUUUGACCUGUACAAAGAGGAAGGCUACAUUCUUACUGAGCAUGAGGGAAAAUUUUGUGUGGUGUUGAAAGAGAUCUCCUCUUCACAUGAUAUGCUGAAGUCAUUAUUUCAUGUCAAUUAUCUGUAUUGGUUGGAGAAGAAUGUUGGAAUUAAAUCACUUGGUGCAUCGGAUGAUUGUAGACCAGGGGGGAAGCUCCAGAUUUCGCUGGAGUAUGUCCAACGUGAAUUUAACCAUGUCAAAUGUGAUGGAGAGCUAGCUGGUUGGGUAACAGAAGGUCUAAUAGCAAGACCAGCACCUCAUAGGAUCCGACCAGGCUAUCUAUCCUCUGCUGUUAAAUGCUAACAUGGAACUAGAUUAUUUCCUGUCUUUAGUUAUCUUGACAAGUAGUGAAAAGUAAAUUUCUGGAGAUAUAGAUGACAACCUACAUAGUUUCCCUGUGGUCAAAACUUUCUAACAGUAAACUAAGUUUCGGCAUACAUGACCCUUGAGUAAUGGAAUUAAAGAAAUGGAAGUUCCAUUAGAAGAUUUAAGGGUGGUUGAACUUGUUAAACUAAUUCAGUCAUCUCUGACACUUUGAAGUUAACCCAUGGGACAUUGCUUGUUAUGUGGAAGAUUUAUGGUGCUGAUACAUGCAAGAUUUCGGCAACAUCUGCAUUUUCACUGAAGAGGCCAUUGGUUUAUUGCAGGCAGCAUCGCAGGAAGUUAAUAUUCCUCGUUAUGCUUGGGGUUUAUACUUGGCGCAAUUUUGAAUUAUUCGGAAAGUAUCCUAUCUAUGUAGAUCUUGUCCAUUGUAAAAUUUUCUAUAUGUUUAUGGUCUAGUGGCAGGGUUCACUCUCAAGGGAAGAUGUCAUAUAUUUACCCAUUCGAUACCAAGUGUUUGCGCUACCAA